UCUCCUGGAAACCCACCCAGAACCUCCAGUCUCUGACACCAUGUGCAACUCCUGUUGUGGCUCCUGCUGCUCUAGCCAGGGCUAUGGCUGCUGCCAGCCCAGGUGCUGCCAGACCACCUGCUGCAGGACCACCUGCUGCAGGACCACCUGCUGCCGCCCCAGCUGCUGCAGACCCUGCUGUAGUGGGUCCAGUGGCUGUGGUGGUUCCAGUGGCUGUGGCUCCUGCUGCUGCCGCCCCAGCUGCUGCAGGCCCUGCUGCAUCUCCAGCUGCUGCCGCCCCUCCUGUGACUCCUGCUGCUGCCAGACCUGCUGCCGCCUGCGUCCAGUCUGUGGCAAUGUCUCCUGCCACACCACUUGCUAUCGGCCCACCUGUGUCAUCUCCACCUGCCCCCGCCCCAUGUGCUGUGCCAUCCCUGACUGCUGAAUCUUGUCUUUGAACACCACCUCCUUAUCUCCUCUCUCCCCACAGAUGCAGAACUUCUUUUGGGCCCACCAUUAGGACACAUGGAAUCUAGUUAAUGUCAUUCAACAGAAUGGGCUUCAUGAUUCCAAUCAGCCCAACACUGUCCCAAAGAAGCACCUUAUAGUUCAUUUUAAACUCUCUUCUUUCCAAUGCUGUCAUCAAAUAAAAAUUAAUUUGUAAUCCACUAGCAAAGAAAUUACCUUCAUCCUCCAAAUUACUCAUUUUCCUUACGGCUUGGAGGGUCUACAUUAUUUUUCUCAAAAAGUUAAACAUUAACUCUAGCCCCAACGUAGGCACUAAUUUUAUUCCCUCAGUCCUGGGGGUCCAGUUAUAUCAUAGAUUCUCUCCUAGAGUAAUUUUCUUAUGUUUUGUUGCUCUUCUGUUUUGAAAUAAAAUUUUUCUGCCCAAAAGAAUUCUUUGAUGUUGUUC